CACAAAAAUCACAAAUCCCCAUUCCAGCUUCAUCCUCCACCGCUUUUUUUUUCCAAUGACUUCUCCCACCACUCAACUUCUACCUUAGAAGCUAUCAAUAUAGGCACUGCAAUAUGGCCUCAGAUACUCUUAGGCCCCCGGCCGACAAUGGCGGCUCUCGUCCACCGACGUCACGCUUCGUGGAGGGGUCUAUGAACGACCGAGUCAGCGCUACACCGCCGCCACAGUACCUCGGCCCUGAGGAGUUGAAGGAAUAUGAGAAGCAGUUCUACACCGAUAGACCUGUUACACGAGGCGAGAUGCGCAAGCCACGUCGUCAACGGCCCUUCUCCGAGAGCAGCGUGCCGGAGACUAACGCACAAGACCGCAUCAUAACCCAUAGGAAAUCCACGAGCUUCUUCGAACGUGUUCGUGAAGUACUGAGAUGGAACUCGUCUUCUCGUAGCAGUGCCAGCUCCCAGAAAACGAGCUCUUCGAGAAAGCACACCAGCCUGCAGGAACCGCCGCUGUCACCACGAAUGGAUAAUCUCCGAGCGGCUAAGUCACACUCUGAGAUACCUUACCACAAUCUUCCAGAGCUGCCCAACUUCGGUAGUGGCGCUAAUCGCCCGACCCGCGAGGAUGUCAUGCAAUCGUACAGCCACUUGAUGGCUACCGGCUUCUUCCAGUCACAUGCCAUACAGUCCACCCGCCAUGCCGCACCAGGAGCCCGCGAUGAUAAACGUCGUUCGGCACCACCCAUGCCUACGAUCCCAGGCUCAGCGCCAUGUACUCCAAAGCCACCUCGUAUCUCAUCUUUGGAACUCGUGGAGUCACCAAAGUCGUCCCAAAGUCCGAUGAGAGCAGGUUGGCAAGAGCAAGCACUCGUGGGAGUAGAGACGGAGCUUGAAGAUGAGUUCAUCCAUGCAGUGAAGAACAAAAGUUCUCGCUACGACUCUCUUCGUGGCCGCAAGCGUAAUCGAGUAGACAGCGAAGAAGUAGCUAGUCCCGAAGCACCGGGUCUCUCAACGUCUUCGUCCUUUGCCCAACCUCUUAAGAGGGUUGCGAAGAAGCUACGCAAGAUGCCUUCAGCCAAGGAUGUGGAGAUGUCGGAUGCCAUGGUCAGUCUCCCGCCCUCGGUGUCUGUCGGCGGCACGAUGUAUCUUAAGGAGAAGUCGGUGCGCAUGCGUGAGCCCUCCCCGACACCGCCAGAGGUUAGCAACAGACGCACCGACUACCAACAUCAUGGACACUAUCACCAGCCCAAACCACGCAGGACGUUCUCGGGUAGCAGCAGGGGAGAAGGAAACAGGCUUAGGAAGCGUGGCAAGUCGGCCUCGCUGCGAUCACGAGAUACAGGAUUCGAAACGUGGGAGAUGGAGGGCCAACGCCUAUCCACGGAUAGCAUCCACCAGGACUCCACGGCGAUGAGCGAGGCUGAGGCAGCAGCGCAAGAGAUGGCUCGAUCUAGAGAAGCUACGCCCCUUCGAGUCGUGCCCGAUUCCAACCGUGGUAUCCCCUCAGUCCCACGCAUCCCGGACCAAUACCACUUCUACCACAAGCCGAACGCCCAUUACGAUUUCGAGAACGAGAUUGAGAAUUCGGGGUGGCAAUUUGGCGAAGCCCUCUAAGCAGAAUUUGCUGCAAAUAACACAACCGGACAACAGGAUGGGAACAGAGCCGGAGAAACAGACGACGGCGGCGAACAUUUUUGACGAUCUUUGACUUUCCGGAUUCGUUGUUUUUUUUAUGAAUGAUGACGACCUCUUACGAGAAAGCAAGUACGAAAGGAAAGCACGGCGUUUGCUUCGAUUCUUCAGGAUGGAUAUAUCCCUUGCUGCUUUUUCACCCAUUCGUUUUUGUGGUUUUCCUUUUUCCUUUUCCUAUGAUGACGAAAAAAGAAAUUUUAUGAGCAUGAACUUACGACUUUCCUUCUUCUUGCUAUUGCAUCUUCCUGAGCAUUGGCAUCGGCUUUGGCCUUGAUCUCGAACCUCGACUACUUGGGGACGAAGGAGGAAGAUUGGAGAAUGAUUUCCUCUUCGUGUACCACAUUUACAGAACGACAACCAAUCAAUAAGGGGCACAGAUUUUUCCCAUGGAACGGGCGUACGUAAGUAAGGCAAACAACCUCUUACAUACUUAUCCGAACCUUCACGACCGGCGUUUCUCAGCUUUUCAGGGAUGAAUUGGGUUGGGACGGGAUUGGGUCGGCUUGACUUGUAAUUAUAAUAAGCACAAAGUGCUACGGCAGUUAUGAUUCGAUGGCAAAUGGGUUACAUUAUGCAGCAACCAAGGACAUGACAUACCUUGAGUACUUAGUUUACUUAUUCGCUGAUAGGAGAACUACUACCUAAAUAGGGGCUUGUCUAUGGCACUUCUA